AUGUCGGCAUACAAGAGGGGUGGGGGAGAACCACCUUCUCUGGCGGUCGAUCUAUCCAUUUGUGGUUGGUGGCGGCACAUGGGUUGGUUCCGGCGGCUGGAGAAGGAUGUUGGGGUGUUGGCGUGUUGUGGGUAUAGGGUUGGGGUGGGGGUGGGUGCAUUCGACAUGCAAUCCAUCACCAAAAAGAUCAGGGUUUUACUACAUAUUGAACAUUGCAAACCACCGGCCUCUAAAUUGAAUUGGACUUCCAAAAUGACCAACGCCUGUGUCACUAGACUGCACAUACUUCCCAAGAGAAUGAAAUUCCAGUCCAAUUUCGUCCGACCAUUUCCCACCUGUGCAUCACCACCAUCAACCUCUCUACCCUACAACCCACAACAAUGGGUAACUUUGACUUGUCAACUCACCCCAUCAAACUCCCCUUCCCCUGCCCAACGUUCCAAAGAAUGGUUUGCCCUCAGAAAAGACCGAUUAACCACCAGCACCUUCAGCACUGCUCUGGGUUUAUGGAAAGGCAAAAGAAGAUCCGAACUUUGGCAUGAAAAAGUCUUCCCUUUAGAUACAGAAUCAAACAUCACACUCGCUUCAAAACAAGCCAUGGAAUGGGGUGUUGUGAAUGAAUCAAUCGCCAUUGAAAAAUACAAAACAAUAACCGGACGUGAAGUGAGUUCAUUAGGGUUCGCGACACAUUCGGAAGAUAAAUUCGAUUGGAUCGGUGCAUCACCAGAUGGGCUUCUCGGGUGUUUUCCAAAUGCCGGGAUUCUCGAAGUGAAAUGCCCGUUUAACAAAGGGAAACCGGAAUCAGCGAUUCCGUGGUCGAGUAUGCCGUUUUAUUAUAUGCCUCAGAUUCAGGGUCAGAUGGAGGUUAUGGAUAGAGAUUGGGUUGAUUUGUAUUGUUGGACGAUAAAUGGAAGUACGAUUUUUCGUAUAUGUAGAGAUCAAGAUUACUGGAAUUUGAUACAUGGUGUAUUACGUGAGUUUUGGUGGGAAAAUGUGAUUCCGGCUAGGGAGGCUUUGGUGAUGGGGAGUGAAGAGGAAGCUAAGAAAUAUGAACCGGGAUCAACGCAUAAGUUAACGGGAUUGGUGAUUCAUAAGAGCUUGAAGUUGGCUGCUGAGUCGAAGCUUUUGUGUAGAGAAAUUGCAGGGAAUGUUGAAUUUAUGUAAUCGGUUUGGGGGU